AUGGCAGGGUGGGCAUCGAACAACCCGAAGUUGAACGCUAAAGGUGCGGAUGCGAACGAGAUGGUGAUCAUGGGUCUUGAGGUUUCUCAAAAGCCCGGUAUGGACCUCAUGCAGAACUGCGAUCUGCCGCCACCGGUGAAGGUUUUUACCAGAUCGGACAAGACGGUCAUCUCGUCCAUGAAUAGCAUGUUGAGCAUGGCGGGUAAAGAAGUCGAGAACGAAGAGUUCAACGUGUAUAGAAGAAGUGGCGUUGAGAAUGAGAAGUUGGAGCUUUUGAAGGCGUUGAGGCUGUCACAAACGCGGGCAAGAGAGGCAGAAGAGAAAGCAGCGGCUUUGGUUAAAGAGAGAGAUUAUCUCUCCAAUGCUUUGGUAGAGGAGGGAACUCGGUUGUUUGCUUAUCGGCAAUGGGUGAGAUUGCUUGAUCUUCAUGUUUCGAAGUUGCAGUCGCAAUGGCUGCAGCAACAUGAGCACCAGAAGGGUUGUCGUUGUGGUUAUGGCGGAGCAAAGGGGAUGGGAGGAUUGUUGAAAGGAGGGGAUGGGGGGGAGGAUGGAGCUGGAGUGACAUGGCUUGUGGCUUUAGCAUUUUGUCUCGGAUUUGUUGGAGUAGGCUUUGCAUUUGGUUACGGAUACUUGUUUUGA